CUCGGUCCUAAUUAUCCGGAUACCUUGGCAGCGCUUCUGAUCUCGGUGAUUCGCCCUAAUUCUCCUUGGUCAGCGAAUGCCGAAAUGCCAAGGCUGAAUAAUAAGUACAACUCGUAUUCUUGCGGGGGAAACAUAAAAACGACCUAAUCUCCGGUCUUUACCAUCAUCAAUCUCAUCCCUUCAAUCAUCCCAGUCUACCUGCUCAGACAAAAUACCUUUCUGCGUAAAUCCAAUUCUAUAUCCAUAUCACUCUGAUAUAAUGGCCACAAUUCUCGUCACUGGCGCCACCGGUAAACAAGGUGGUGCUCUUAUCAAAAACCUCGUUCAGAAGAACGCCCCAUUCCAGAUCCUCGCCGUCACUCGCAACCCACAGUCGCCCUCUGCACAAAAGCUCCUCAAGGAGUCGAAGAACAUCAAGCUUGUACAGGGUGACUCGAAUGAUCCAAGCGAGAUCUUCAAAAAUGCCCAGCAACAGAUCUCGGAGCCGAUCUGGGGUGUAUUCAGCGUUCAGGCCGCCAUCGGAACCAAAAUCCCCGAAGACGUCCAAGGCAAGGGCCUAAUCGACGAAGCUCUGAAACACGGCGUCAAGCACUUCGUCUAUACCUCGGUCGAUCGCAACGGCGAAAAGUCCCUCGAAAAUCCAACCGACGUCCCCCAUUUCAUCAAAAAGAAUGACAUCGAGAAAUAUCUGAUCGAAAAGACGAAAGACGGUCAAAUGGAUUGGACAAUUCUUCGCCCGACUGCUUUCUACGAAGAUCUCACCCCAGACUUCAUGGGCAAGGUCUUUGCGACGGCCUUCAAGAUCGCGCUGAAGGGGAAGCCGUUGCAGAUGGUCGGGAUCAGUGAUAUCGGCGCGGUCGCGGCGGAAGUCUUCCUGAAUGCGCAUGAUUACAAGGGUCGUGCGAUUUCGUUGGCGGGUGAUGAGUUGACGUUUGAGCAGUGGGCGCAGAUCUUCAAGGAGAAGACUGGUCAGGAUGUUCCGACUACGUUCAGCUUCGUGGUGACUGGUAUAUUGUAUAUGGUGAAGGACUUUGGAUACAUGUUCAAAUGGUUCCACGAUGUGGGUUAUGCGGCCGAUAUUGCGGAGGUAAAGAAGAUUCACCCUGGAUUAAAGGACUUUGCAACUUGGUUGGAGACGGAGAGCAAGUUUGAAUUGAAGAAGUAAGCGGGGACUAAUGUGGAGCGAUGGGAAUGUUGGAGGAAUACGAACGACAUAUACGAUUAGAUUUAAUGUUUAAUAAUACAUAUUUUCACGAAGCGCAUUUCCCAGAACCGAAUUUCAUAAGUUUAUCAUCGCAGUCAUUAAUCGUCAAAUUGAGUAGCUAUCUUUUCUUCGUUCCCAACGCAUCAAAUAAUGUCGCCGCCGAACCCACCUCCGAAUCCACCAAAGCCGCCUCCUCCAGGUCCCCGGCCACGACCAGAGGGAGGACCGAAGCCAGGUCCGGGUGGAUCAUAGCGUGCUCCAGGCGGUGCCCGAGGAUCAUAACCACCGCCGGCUCCACCAGUGCCUCCGAAGAGGGGAUCAUCAAAGGUUGGAUGCAUACCGCCACCGCGACCAAAGCCCGGACCCAUCGUUCCACGCAGUGGAUCAUUCGGCCCUAGACCAGCAGGGUAGAGAUCACGUUCACCAAUGUUGUACGGAUUUCGACCACCAGGGAAACCGGGUGGGAACCCACGCGGGGGGCGGUUGAUCUCAAACUCAUCCUCGAACCCGGGAGGAGCAAAAUCGGGUGCCGGAUUCGGUUGCCGGGGAGCAGUAGCUAAGGGAUCAUCAAAAGGAUAUGGACGCGCAGGCUGAGGAAGGGAGUCAUCACGAAGCCGAUCGCGCUGGCGCGAAGCCUCGGGUUGCUCCCGUGAGGCCUGACUCGGAGCCUCGUAGCCUUCCUUGUAAAUUCCCGGCGCGAGCUUCUGGAUCACAUUGAUCUUGAACUCUCCGAUCAAAUCACUCAGCCGAGCUGUUGAUAUAAAUACGUCACGGAGUGAACUGGUGAGGUUUUCGGUUUGCGAGAAUGGGAGCGCGGAUGCGGAGAUGUAGUCUUUGGUGGGGAUGUCGAAGGAGCUGGUGCGGUCAUCGCCCAGAGCCAGUGCGAAAACCACGGCAUUGUUUCCGAGACGGCUCACUUUGAGCAAGUAUUGCAUCGAGGAUUGUGGGUGCGCAUAUCGAAAGGCAAAGGUGGAGUUGGCAUUCCACUCGGUGGGGAGGGCGGGCG